GAUGGCCAGAGCGGGUUGGAACGCCCCUGUCGUCGUCGACGGGGGCCCCGAGCGCCCGUCGACGGGAUCAAUGCACGCUGCUGCUGCUGCUGCUGUCUCUAGGUCUGGCAGGAUAAGGCGCGGAACGAGGAAAUAGGCCCUGGCUGCGGCUGGCCCGCCCGGCUCUGCUCCCCCCAGCAGUGCCCGUCUGGUGUUCGAACAAAUGCCUCAGCGGCCAGUACGGCAGUUAAUGGCCGGAGAAGAGCCAAGACCAAGUCACGAGCGGCGAUGGCCGCUCCACGGAACGGUGGUUUGCACGCCGGAGCGAAAAUGUCAAACGACGGCGACGCUCGAGGCGCCGAGGAGGUCGGAGGUGACUUCGCCGGAGCCGAGUGGAUGGCACGGUAGGACGUUCCUGUCAAGGUGGCUUCUGAACGCCGGUGUGAACCCACGGUGUGUGUGGUGGUCGUGUGCCAGUCAGCAGUCAACACACCCUCUCCGCUUACCGUCGCUGUCUACAGAUUCCAUUUCACUGCCUCCUGGUACCAGGUACCCUACUGGCUAAUUCCUGCUUAUUCAUGUGUUCCAACCCAAAUUACCCAGCAACCCAACUCGAUGCCGGAGUAUUUUACAGUUGAGAUGCGUGUUAAUUUGUUCAUUAUUGUUUGGUGUAUUAGGCUCUCUUCUAACUCCAAAGUGGUCCUGAAGAGAUCAUAUAUGCAUACUCUAUAUCACAUCCCCUCAAUCUGGAUGCGAGUAUCAUAUACAUAGCUGUGGGGCCUUACCUUGUUUCUUUCCUUUGUUUAACUGACUUCGCCGGUCUCCCCCCAUCUUUUGUUCACUGUUCACACACCGUUCACACCAUUAUUGAACUCGGCUGUCCUUGAAGCGCACAAGGUGACCCUCACUAGUCUGAGCAGCAGCCGUCGCUCUGGAUACAAGCUCAAGGCCGCAAGCUCAGCUAGGCUAACGGGGCAGGCAUUCCGUGUGAGCAACUGAGCAUUGCGAAGCUUCCCCAUUCUUAGUUAAUCUUACCAGUUACCCUGAUCUGGGUACAAGCUCAAAGCUCAUGCCAUGAUUGAGGGCGGCUCACACAUGCAUCCUCAGCUGGGGAACGCUCACACGGCGAACAGCGAGCAGCCUGAGCCGGCCACCAUACCGAUGAACGGCAUGGCUGCUUCGGGGCCAGGCAAUGGCCAGAUGGCAGAUGAAGCAGCCGCCGGCGGAGUGACGGAGGAUAUCGAGGCGGCCGGCGACAACAAUGGGCAAGGUCCGCCCAACAGGUCAGCACGCCAUGGAUCCAGCAUCAAGGAUGAUUUCGAGUUCUUGUGGAGGCUGCGGAAGUAUCUGCUACUUCUGGCGGUGUUGGCCGUUGGUGUCACUUACAAUGCUGGGUUGAGCCCGCCGGGGGGAUUUCAGAUGGACAGACUUGACCGCCAUGCCGGUGAUCCUCUCCUCCCACUUAGAUUCUUCCGGCGAUACGAAGCCUUCUUUUACUGCAACGCCACAGCCUUUGCUGCUUCUCUAGUCUUGAUUAUCUUGCUCCUGAGUAGGGGAGUGGCGAGCAAGCAUGUCUGGCUUCGCUCCAUGCAGUUUACCAUGAUACUGGAUCUUUUCAGUCUCAUGGGGGCAUAUGCCGCGGGGAGUUGCAGAGCACUAAGGUCUUCCGUUUACAUAUUGGUGCUGGUCUGUUCUGUUUUCGCCUAUGUUGUGGUUCAUAUCCUGUUGUUUAUGAGGGCAGUUCCGCAGCCGUUAAAAGAUCAGGUGCAGAAAACCCGGGAUCUCAUUCUGAAGAAGCUGAAACGCAUGCUAAAAAAGGUGCCAUCUAUUUGCCCUGUCUCUGAUCCUGACGGGCAAAGGAGCAACCGAGAUUACGCAAGGGAAAUCGAGGAGGCUCGCAAGUUCAUAUUGAUGCUUGCAACUUUUGCUGCCACUGUCACAUACCAAGCUGGGAUAAGUCCACCUGGUGGCUUUUGGGGUGCAAAUAAUCCUGAACACCGUGCAGCUACUUUUGUUCUCCGCAAGCACAAUCUCCUCCGCUUCAAUAUCUUCACGUGUUGCAAUGCGACCUCUUUUGUGGCGUCUUUGGUCACAGUCAUACUGCUUCUGAGCACGGAACUGAGCACGCAUGGGAUAAGGACUCAAGCGCUGUCUGUGUGUGUCGUGGCUGUUCUGCUGGGGCUCAUUGGUGCUUAUGCUUCAGGGAGCUGCAGGGAUGUUGCAACAUCGUUGUCAGUGAUACUCAUAAUUGCUGUGGUUCUAAUCUGUGUUCUGAUUCUUGUUAUUUGCCUUCAUUGCAAAGCUGUAACAGAGUGGGUGGAUAGGGUGCUGAAGCCAACACUUGACAAAAUGAUGAGUACACUGUCAUUGGGGCAAGAUGAUUCUCCAAGAGCUCACCAGCAAUGUACAGAUUGUCAGAGAACGCACCAUCAAGAUACAGAGCUUGUUUCUCAGAGAACUCACCAGCAAGAUACAGAUCUUGAUUCUCAGAGGAUUCACCAACAAGAUACAGAGCUUGACUCUCAGACAAGUCAGCAGCAACAUACAGAACUUGAUUCUCAAAGGGUUCCCCAGCAAGAUACAGAGCUUGAUUCUCCGACAACUCACCAGCAAGCUACAGAGCAUGUAGGUCGAGAUACAGAAGUAGAAGGUGUCAUGUCUAAUUUGCAAUGCUACUCUGCUGACAGCAAUCUUGUAUCAACUGGGGAUGUGAGAUCUGUAUCAGCCAGUGAUUUGGAUAACAUGGAGGACAUCAUGCCAACAACACUACGUCAAUCUCAUGAUCAGAGUGAACAUGCUGCAAUUAAAGUUGUAUGCUCAUCAUCAACAGAUGCCCUAACUACCGAGGAAGUUCCAUCCGACAACUUGGAAAUACAACCUGCUAGCGGUCAGCAGGUUGCAAUCCCCAUGGCACUAUCAUCAAGUAACGGUGGAAAUUCUGUCCAAGGUAUUUUACCGUUGCAGGGCUCGGUGGACGAAGAUGCAACAUCUGGUAACCUGAGAAUAGAUGCUGAUGAUCUGGCAAUGGAAUGUGAAUUACCCGACAGCCAUGUGGACAGCACAGAACAGCAUGCUCAGCAAAUGUCCAAUAACCCUACUGGUGCAGAUGAUGGUGAGGUUAGAUUACCUAUCGACAACACUACCAACGAUCAAGCCCCACAGCAUCAGAGAUGUAUUAAAUGCAGCUAUCGAAAUCCAGAUGAUGCUCCCCCGCAAAAAAAAAGAAAUCCAGAUGAUGCUUUUCUGAAGAAGUCACGCACUUACCUAUUGCUUCUUGCAAUUCUUGCAGUGUCUUUGACAUAUCAAGCUGGUUUAAAUCCACCAGGUGGCUUCUGGACAUCAAAUGUCACUAAGCACUCUGCUGGUGAUCCCAUUCUUGGGGACAGUGGUCGCGUCUGGACAUCAAGUGGCACUAAGCACUCUGCUGGUGAUCCCAUUCUUGAGGACAAUUAUCAUAAGAGAUACCUUGCCUUCUUUUAUUUCAAUGCCACUGCAUUUGCAGCCUCCCUUGUCAUGAUCCUUAUGCUCCUGAGCAGGAGGAUGAGCAACAAGGUUAUAAAACGACGGGCACUACAGACAGCAAUGAUAACCGAUUUGCUUGCUCUAAUGGGGGCCUUUGCUGUUGGGAGUUGCAGGGAGAAGACAAAAUCCAUUUACAUAUCAGUGUCGAUAUUUAUCGUGGUUGCAUAUGUUCCUCUCCAUGUUUUAGUGUUUAGGCAUAAUGGAUGGUUGAAAGUGUGUGUUACGCAGAGGAUGAAGUUUGCACCACCUCAGACAGACAAUGAGUCAAGAGAUGCUAAGGAGAAGGACUUGGCGCGGAGGCGGAAUUUGCUCUUUAUUCUUGCAAUUCUGGCGGCAACUGUCACGUACCAAGCUGGCCUGAACCCUCCAGGAGGCAUUUGGCCUGAUGAGAACAGUAAGGGUGGCAAACCAGGCAAUCCAGUUCUUCAAGACAGCCACCCAGAGCGCUAUGAUGUUUUCUACUACUCGAACGCCAUCUCAUUUGCGUCAUCUGUGGCUGUCAUCAUUCUUCUUGUUAAUAGGGAAUCAUGUGAGGAUGGAAUCAAGUCGUACGCAAUCCGUGUGUGCUUGGUAGCGGGUUUGCUGGGCCUCCUGAUUGCUUAUUCUGCAGGAACCUGCAGGAAAGCGAGACCGGUAAUAUAUCUUAUUGUCAUAGCCUCUGCAGCUCUAACAUGCCUUGUGAUUCAAGUACUUGUACUACAAGAUGCAUUAGAUGGGCCACUGACCAGGUUAAGGGGCCGGUUGCGGAAGAUUCUUCAUCUAGAGCCUGACUCUGAGACACCGCUGGAAAGUUCAGAUGAAGAAAACAAGGAACGUAAUGCUCAGGGGUCAGGCACCCUUAUCAGUGAUAAGACGGAAAAGAAGAGACAGAAGUACUUGAUGCUUCUUUCGGUUCUUGCUGCAUCCAUUGCGUACCAAGCCGGUCUAAACCCGCCUGGUGGCUUCUGGCCUGAUGACACUCCCAAAAAUGGUUACAAGGCUGGCAACCCGGUACUUAAGGACAUAAACUCCUGGCGCUACAUGGUAUUCUAUGUCUUCAAUUCCAUCUCUUUCAUGUCAUCUAUUGCCGUAGUCAUGCUUCUGCUGAGUAAAUCUGUGAGACAGAAGAAGGUUCCGCUCCAAGCAUUGCACUUCAUCAUGAUACUGGACCUGUCGGCUCUGAUGACAGCUUAUGCAGCUGGAAGUUGCAGAAAGUUCAGGACUUCAAUAUUCAUCCUCGUGGUAGUAUGUUGUGUGCUGGUGUACCUUCUGUUUAUUAUUAUCUUGUCAAGUGGCAUAGCAAGAUGGCUGAAAAAACAGAAAAAGAAGGUGGCUUCCUUGCUGCUGGAGCCUAGCCAUGCCGCUGCAACUUCAGCAUGACACCGGACCUGAAUGGAAUGUUUGAAUAUCUUUCUUCUCCCCAUUGUAAUAUGUUCAUUGUAGUUCAAAUGGAACCCAUGAAUUCUCAGUUGUAUGCUUUUAUUCAGGAUAAAAGCAUUUUUUUUUCUUUGUUCUUGAAGAAAUAUUUUGUUAUCACAGAGAUCUUCAGGCUGCGAUGAAGUAUCCCCUUAGUUAAGACGUAGUUGACCUCACCUAUGGUAUGGAAGUAUGGGCUGGAUGUAGAGGUGGGGCAUGCUUAGAGUUGUGUUUUGUCUGUAAUGAGUUGGUUUGAUGAAGAAAGUUUGCAACUCUGAUUCUCUUGUGCUUCAGUUAAGUCCAAGUGGCGCAUGCAUGUACGUACAUGCAAAUGAA